UAGGAACGCACAAGCAAGGACUUGCUUUUAUCAUCUAAACUGCAACGGAUUUAAAUAUUAUACUGUUUUCUGAAACGCAGAAAUCGUUGCGUGUUACUUCAGAGACACGAGGUUAUUCAACCAAUGACUAAACGCGAUAUACUUUUUCCGUAUUAUAAAUUAGAUACAAACUGUGAAAUGGUUGUUGCACAUUUUAGAUAGACAUCGUGCAACAAAAAUGUAAUGGAUGCAAAAUUAGUCAAAUAUGUACACCCCUACCUUGAUCUCUGCAAUCAAGUCAUCCUUACUCAUGUUUUGCUUCUCCGUAACUUGGAUUCCAUUUUCUUGCAGGAUCUUCUUACAACAAGGAUCAACACUUUCACUGAUUAAAAUGCGUUUAAUGGAUAUUGGGGCCAUUUUUCUGUUCUCAACAGCUACGGACAAUUUCACAGAUGGGAACCUUUAUGUAAACUGCUGGUGGACAGACACUGAGAAGUUCUCAAUUCAGUUGGUUUUGAAUGAACAUUUCGGAUAAGGACUGCCCCAUUCAGUAAACCCGCCUCUUCUCAUCUCCAGUUUCUGACGUGGAUGCUGAAACAACGAGGCCAUAGAUAGAGAAGCAUAGAUAGGCUACAGCAAUGGUGGAUGAAUUAAGAUGUCCCAUUCAGGCCGUUUACUAUUGAAAAAAAAUGGUCACAGUUCCUGUCUGCUUAGGGUGGCACCAAUGCAUUCGCAGCUGGGUCUGGUCUGCUUAGUUUAUUUAUAUGAACCAGAUUUAAACAGCGAGUAAAAUGCCUCGCUUCAUCUUCAGUCUUUGCUUUAGCCACAUAAAUGACUUUGAUAUAACUUGUUGGACCAGAAAUACGAUACAAUCAUCAACCGGCAAUGUUGUAUAGUAGUGAUACAAUUCUGCUGACUGAGUUUUAAAUUAAAAUGUUAUUCGAAACUUAAGAACAAUUUAAUUUCUGUGCAUGCCUCCCUUUCCUAAACGUGAUAUAAUCGUAGCUGAUUUCUCAAGAAUAUGAGUUCAAAUUGAGUGAGCCAGCUUUCAAAGUCUGUGCUAGUCUAAUUGGGGUGUUAAGCAAAUCACAUGACAGGCCCUUCUCUGUUCAUUACCUCGAAUAAAGAUCUAGGGCGAAACACCACGCCUACUUUUACCCAGUCUUUCUAUGCACUUAGCCGAAAUGAUUUAUCUAGUGGUCUGUGUAUUGUAUUGAAUACAUAUCUAGAUAUUUGAAUUGUUUAUACAUGUAGGCAAUCUUAUGAAAUACAAUGUAACCAUCAACAGAAAAAUUACCUCUACAGAAAUGUGUGAAACGCAUCCAGACAAUCUUUGCUUUUUUUCCGCGUAGAAAUGACACCAUCUGGUGGGAGACAACGGAUUUUUCACUUGCCCGUGGUUCUUCUAUCACUCGCAUUCUGAUUGGUCUCUGUGUGUUCCCAGGUCUCCGCUCUACGCAGCUGGUAUCGGGCCGCAAAGGCGUUGCUAGGAUACAUUGCAACAAAUGUGUCCAUCGUUACUGGAUACAGUCCUACAGAAAACAUUCCGUCAAAGGCGCUUUAUUUUUUACACAACGACGUUGUAAAACUGUCUAGUGACAAGAAAAGUGCCAUGCAACUUUAUGUAAGCUCUGAAUGCUCUUUUUUAGAUUCAUACAAUUGAAACCAAAAUACAUUCAGAUCAAAUGGAAACUGCGACUGUUGUCCGUUUUGGUCGAAGGAGUGGGUCCAGCAAAACAACGCUAGCAGUUGAGGAAAAAAAAGCAAUGCAACCACCAGAUCUUCGACAAGUCACUGUUUUGCCCAAAGCCGAAUGGCUCCGAAUUCAAGGUAGUUUGAAUCAAGGGAAUAAAUACAACGAGAGUCUAAAGGAAGCAACCAAACAACGAGAAGCUAUGCACCUGAGGUCCAAGGAGGUGGUAAAAUUCUGGUCUAACACAAUAGCUGGACAAAGACAAAAGAAACUGGAGGCAAAGAGGAUUCGGGAGGAACUUGAAGAAGAUGAGAAGAAACAGAUGGAUAUUGAGGAGGCUAAAUAUCAGGCGCAAAAGAGGAAAGAAGCUAUUGAAAAGGCCAAAACUCAACAGUACUACGAGACUGAUCGUGUGAAAGGAUUUCAUCGUGCACUCUUGCUGACAGAAGUCCUGAAGGAAAGGGAGGCCCAGAUAGAACUGAAGCAGAGAAAGCAGGAUACCUCCAAAGAUGUGGACAAGGAAAUCAUGGCUAUCAUUAAGUGUAGAGAGGAUGAAGCUUUGCAAAAGGAGCAGCAGAAAGCUUUGCAGAGGAAGCUUGACAUCCAGGCCACAGCAGAAGACUUAAAACAGCAGGCAAAGGAACAUGAGAUGAAUAGAGAACGGGAGAAACUGGAAAACAAGAAAGAGGCUGAGGAACUCCAGCGACUAAAAGAGCUUUUUCUGUGGGAGCAAUGCAUGCAGGAGCAAAAGAAAGAGGAGCAGAAGAGAAAUACCAUGAAAGCUCACAUGGAGCAUCUCUCUAACAGAGAUAUCAUUAGAGCAAUAGAGGCACAAAAGCAAGAGAUGGAAGAGGAGCGCAGGAGGCUUUUUGCAAAUGCAAAACAGAAAAUGGUGAAGUUGAGGAAAGACAAAGAGGAAGAGAUGUUCAGAGAGGUCCAAAUGCACAGGGGAGGGAUCAUGAAUAAACUGGCUGCAAAACAGCAGGAGCAGACGGAAAAUGAGGAACUCAUCGCCAAGGCUAUUGCUCAACGGGAUGCCAGACAGGCACAGCAGCAGAAGGAGAAAGAUGACAAGAGGAUGGCUAUGCUAGACUCAAUUGCCUCACACAGAGAAGCCAUGAAAGAAGAACAGGAGCAGAAGGAAAGAGAACACAACGAGAGAGCUAUUGACAUGCUUUAUGCCAAGAAAGAAGCAGACAGAAUAUUUAUUGAAAAACAACACCUGAAGGCACUGAAAAUGAAAGAGGAUGGAAGAACUUUACAAGACGUCUACAUUCAUCAAAUGGCUGAAAAACGUGCCAAGGAACAGCACACAAGAAAGCAACAACAGGACUUUGAGACCAAAUAUGCAGAGCUCAUUGCUGUGGAGGAGAAGCAGUUCCAGCAGUAUGCAAACAAUGUGAUCGAUACAGCCACCGAGGCCAAGAGAAAUAUUCACCCACUCCGCAAAGCUGCCAGGGAGGGAAUUGGAGGUGGUCUUGGCCCCAUCUUUGGAGGAGUGAGGCCAAGUUACUUGGUUCAAGAUGACACUGGUGUCCAGAUGCCCAAUUACGUCAGCAGUAGAUCUCAGGACAUCAAAGAGCUGAAUGAGACGCGUGAUAUUCAGCAAUCCAAGAAGAGACUUGGAUUCACAUGGUAGACAUCUGUUAAAAAGAGUAACAUGGUCAGGUGAAGCAUGAUUAGAAAAACAAUAAACCAAUGGAAUUCAGCAUUUCCUAAGCAUUUAUGAUAUACACCCUAUUAUGUAAUUUAUUUCACACUCAAAAAACCCACACUUGAUAGGCAAGUACUUGACUGACCUAGUGGGAUGAUUGCAGUCUUUUCAGCGCUCAAAGAUAAUUCAUCUCAGAAAUAUGGAAAUGUAGAGUGUAUAACUGUCUCUGAAAUUAGAUUUUUAGUUUUGUUAUUUUACAUAAUAUACAUACACACAAUUAAAUUAAAACUAGUGCACAAAUUGGGAAACUGCUGAUAAUUUCUAGCCUGGUCCUAGAUCUGUACCUACAUGACAAAGAUAGUCAAGAGUUGGCUAAAGCACAGAUCUGGGACCAGUACAUAUAGUGCAAUGGUUUCAUUUUAAUACAUACGAUUCACACAGAUUAAAAUGUGACAUGUCUAUGUUAUCUUUAUAUCUAUUGUAUCAGUUCACUCUUGUGAAACAUU